AUGAGUUCCGUUUAAAAAGAAUUGCAGAUUUCAAAUUGUAGUGACCGUGGACUAGAUUACAAUGGUUCAUGCUAAUGUGAUUUAGGCUUCUUUGGGGUUGAAUGUGAAUUGAAAUUAGAAGAACUUCAUAUAGCCACUUAUUACACUUUCAUAGGAUUCUUUUUAAUCCUCUUUACAUUGCUACUUCUUUUUACUAUAAAACAAUUUUAACUAUCACUGAAAAUGAAUAAAAUACCUUCCUAUCAAAAGUAUGAAAUAAAUUCAAUUAUCAAUAGAGGAUGCAAUUACAUAAAGAAUGUUCUUGGAUCGCCAUUAAAUUGCAUUUUAUGUCUAACAAUUUUAUUUAGUGUUCUCAAGAUUAUAUGGUUAGCUUUAGACCCUUUUUAAUUCUAUGUACAUAUUAUUAAAAUUGUUCAUUAUUUUAGGAUUACAAUGAAAGAGUUUGCGAAAGAAUUCUUGCAGAAGUAGUUUACACCAUCUUAUUUUAUAUAUAUGGGAUUUUGUUGAUGGUUUGGUAUACUAUGUAUGAUGAAAUUUCAUUUAAUAUCUCUGAGAAAAAAAAAAUUAAUUUAGAUUAACAAUCAGCUCCCAAACCAGAAAAAAGAAAAUUAAUAUUUACUUAUUACAAGGAUAUUAUGAAGAUAAGACUCUUCCUAGUAUUAAUUGUUUAAUUGAGUGUCAGUACAUUAAAUGGUAAUUUUAAACCUUUAAUUAGGAUUAAGAUUAGGACAAUAGUAUAAAACUAUUUUAUAUAUUGCAUAUGUAGUGUUAUUAUUAAAUUUUAUGUAAUUAAGUAUGAUAAGUUCUAGUUCAUUUAUUUUUGAAUUUCUUUUAUAUGGUAGAUCAUUAAAUCAGUGUAUAGAAUAGCAACUAAAAAGAUUAGAUUUAGACAAUAGAGAAUAAGAAAAAGAGGAGAAAUUAAAAUUAGCUUUAAAUAAUUAAUAAGUACUUCUAUUGUGUUUUAUAUCAAAGAUUAUUCUAUCAAAAACUUAAUUGAUGAUUUAAUAAGAUGAUCCAUUAUAAUCACCAGCUACACCUGAUUAAUAAAUCUUAAGAUUGAGUUCUUUAAGUGCAAGUGAUGAAAGUCAUGAAUAAAAGGAAACAUCUAGAAAUAUUAUUUAACUUGAUAAAUUAUAACCUCCAUCUUUAAUUAAAAAAUAAGUAACAUUUAGAUCACCUCAAAAUAUUCCAACUUAAUAAAAUACUGAAGUAAAAAAAGAAGUUUAAAAAAAUUUAAUGAAAACUAUUGUGAGUGAAGAAUCUCAAAAUUCACUUAAUGUUGAUGAAGGUUUUAACCAUUAAAAAGUUAAUUCUUGUUUACUGAAUGAAGAGGAUUUUGAUUAAAUCAACUUAAAAUGGAAUAUAUAAAAAGAAAGAUCUAAUGUUAAGAAAAUAAAAAAAUAGUAGAUUAAAAUUGUAGAAAAAACUAAAUAAUAAGUUAAUGAAAAUAAAAGAUAAAAAAAAGCAACUCUAAAAAAUAAUGCUAAAGAUGCAAUUCAUUUAGAUUCUUUUUAAAAUGAAGAUGAUAAAAAAAUAAAAAAUUAAUUAGCUCAAGCAUAUUAAGAUGAAAUGGUUGCUCAAUAAAAGUAAAUUAGAACUGCAAAUCUAAAUGCCGAUAAAAAGGUUUUAGCUAAAAUAUAGAUGCUUAUUUAUGCUGGAGUAUUACUAGAGAUUUGCUUUGGAGCCUUAUCUGUAGUUAUUUUAUUAACGGAUUUACUAAAAUAACCUGUAGGUUAAAUUGAUUCUUAUUUUAGGAACUAUUUGUUAUUUGUAUAUCUCAGCUAUGCUUCAAUUCUUAUCUUUGAUUACUGUCUUGAAACUCUUUCGAGAUGUUAAAAGCCAAGAAGUCUUGAAUCUCAUUUGGAUACAGAAAGUAGGAAAUAGAAAAAAUAAAAUUAAUUAAAAGUAUUUUUUUACAAUUCCCCUUGAAUAAACAAGAUAGGAUGAAUCCAAAAGAAGAUUUGAGUAAAGAAUCAAUAUGCAUAUAAGGUGA